AUGAAACCAGUAAAGAUAGUGUUUAUGGGUGACGAAGAAGUUGGAAAGACAAGUCUCAUCCAUCAGUUCCUGUACGGUGUUUUUACUGAGAGGACGCCAGCAACUCUUGGACAAUCCUAUCACGAAACGGUCACACUUCCCGAUGGUUUGCAUCAAAUAAUAGAGAUUAUGGACACAACUGGGCUACAGGAAUUCCCAGCAAUGCGAGAAAUGUACAUCCAAAAUGGAAACCACUUCGUCGUUGUUUACUCAGUGGAAAGCCAACUAUCUUUUGUAACAGCACAAAAUAUUUGCAACGAUAUUCGAAGAAUAAAGGGACUCAAUUUUUCAAACAUCGUAUUAGUAGGCAACAAAAUAGACAAGGGAUUAUCAAGGAAAGUUUCAACAGAGUUAGCUUUCAAAAUGGCUGCAGUGGAAAUGAAAAUUUGGUUUUUAGAAGCAAGCGCCUAUUUAAACUUAAACGUAGACUCUAUAUUUCAUUCAAUCCUGAAAAAAUCUGCAAACUUUAUGAUUCAAAGUAAAUUACAAACACAGCAAAGACUUAGGAUCUUCAGUGAUUCUGAAUUCAAAUGCAACAAAACCAAAUCCAUCGUUAUCAAGACUACAAGAAAACUUGUCUGUAAAUCAGCAUUCUCAAUGAUACGUUAG